UGGGCGAAGCUGCGCUUUCAAGUUGUGUAAGUUAGCGUCGCGACGUCGACCUCAAUUCUACUAGUAGUGUAGACCCGCCGCCGAAUGUGUAGAAUGUAGCGGUUAGAUUAAAAAUAUCUACGUAAUGUUGGUAAAGAGUGGACGUUUAUUAAACUAUAAAAAUCUGCACUUAUUUGAUGCCUUCUCCUUUUUUUAAAUGGAAAUUUAAAAUAUACCUACUCUACUAAAUAGCCAUAUGUGAGUAUGGACCCACGUGUAGAAGUUGAAGGAUGGAUAUGAAAACUCGCUUAAAAGCCUGGUGCUUUGACUUUCGAAUAAAACAGGCGUUAGCACACGCUGGACUUUUUAUUACGUUAAUGGCGUAUACAGUUCUUGGCGGUUUG